AGCUUAAAAAAAUUUGGGGGCGGAAGUGCCCAAAAGCCUAAAAUAUUUUAAGGGCAGAAGUUCCCGCCCCGGGGGGCAAGUGAAUGUCCGAAAAAGCUGUCCUAAAGUUCCUCGUUUCUUCCGUCGUUGACUCGUCGUCUUUGUCUGUUUUUCGGGGAUUUUGAUCGCACAACAUUAUAAUAAAAAUAUAAAACGUCUGCUCUUAAAAUGUUCAGCAGCUGUCUCUUGCCCAUUUCAUUCUCUCUGUAAUUUUGCUCGGAAAAUUGGGAUUAGAGCCGUCCGUUGCUCUGAAAUCUAUACGUUCAUCUCAGCCAUGAUUUCCACCGGCAACAUCAAGUCCGUCGAUUUUUAUAGGAAAAUCCUUAGAGAUUUGACAGAAGCAUCAUUAUCGGGUGCAAGACUAUCUAUUAUGGCAGCUCUCGCCAUGAUGUUUUUAUUUGGAAUGGUAACCGUCAGCACCUCUACAUCUGUUAUUGUCAACAAGAGUUCCGAUGGUGAUUUCUUACUUAUUGAAUUUAAUAUCAGUUUUCCUGCACUCCCGUGUGAAUUUGCAUCUCUUGAUGUGAGUGACGUGUUGGGAACAAACAGAUUGAAUGUUACGAAAACAAUUCGCAAGUUCCCCAUAGGGACAGAUUUAAGACCAACUGGCGCUGAGUUCCACUCAGGACCGGUUUUAGAUGGAGAUGAGUAUUCUGGUGAUGGCUCUAUUUCUCUAACUGCACAGAAUUUUGAAAAGUUUGCUCACCACCACCCAAUUUUGGUGGUUAAUUUUUAUGCUCCAUGGUGCUACUGGAGCAAUCGCCUGAAACCUUCAUGGGAGAAGACCGCCAAAAUAAUAAGAGAAAGGUAUGAUCCAGAAAUAGAUGGCCGUAUACUUAUGGCGAAGGUGGAUUGUAUUGAAGAGGGUGGCUUGUGUAGGAGGAAUGAAAUUCAAGGAUACCCAUCAAUUCGUAUUUUUCGUAAAGGAAGUGAUGUGAGGGAUAAUGAGCAUGAGUCUUAUUAUGGUUGUCGAGAAACAGAUAGCUUGGUUGAGAAAAUGGAAAGUUUGGUUGCAUCUAUCCCUGUGGAUUCUGAAAAACUCGCUUUAGAGGGUAAAUCUGACAACAGGGGUGAGAAUGCAAAAAGACCAGCACCAUUGACAGGAGGGUGUAGAAUUGAAGGAUAUGUGCGUGUAAAGAAGGUUCCAGGAAACCUUGUCAUUUCUGCUCAUUCGGGAGCUCAUUCCUUCGAUCCUUCUCGACCGAACAUAUCUCACGUCAUUUCACAUUUUUCAUUCAGUAGGAUGAUUGCUCCUAAGGUGAUGAGUGAUGUCAAGCAAUUGGUACCUUAUCUUGGUGCGAGCCAUGAUAGGUUGAAUGGUCGGUCUUUCAUAAAUCACCGUGAUUUAGGUGCUAAUGUUACAAUAGAGCAUUACCUUCAAAUAGUUGAUUCGGAAGUCGUAACAGGGAGAUCUCAUAGUUCGAUUGAGAAAUAUGAGUACACGGCGCUCAGCAGCUUGGUGCAAAGCCUCCAAAUACCAGUUGCCAAGUUCCAUUUCGAGCUCUGCCCCAUGCAGGUUUUAAUAACAGAAAAUCCGAAAUCCUUUUCACAUUUUAUCACGGAUGCGUGCGCUAUUAUUGAUGACGUUUUUGCCAAAAUAGUUUCUUUUUGGCAAAUGUACACAUCCAAUUUCUAUUAGAACCCUAAAAAUAAGUGCUCAAAAGAGCAAAUGCUUAGUUGGUGUCAUUUGUACAUAAUUUUGUUUUUGGAUUGUUUUUGCAUUUAGGGUCAGAAAGAUCAUGAUCUAAAAUAAUUUUUCAUUUUGGUAAGUGAACACAUUCAAUAUGUUAAUAGACUCCUAAAAAUAACUACUCAAAAGAUUAAACGCU